AUGCUCGGUGUUCCAGAACCACUGGUGAGUUCAAGUCGGUCCAGUAUUGAUCUUGUCAUAUAUUGGACUCAAUUGACACUGAUACAUCCUGCGCUGACCUGGGUGUUCUGGCUGCUUGGAUUACCAGCAUGUUUCUGUUUGACAGUAGAUAUAAUAUGGCUGAUUAUAUGGGCUAGUGGAAGAAAGAAGGUCAAGAGGGAUAAGAUCAAAGUGCUAAUAACCGGUGGCUCGCAAGGUUUAGGAAUGGAAGUAGUCAAAAAAUUAGUCCCAGUAUCCGAUAAGGUGUACAUCUUAGACGUCGAAAAGCCCAAGUUUCACCAUGAAAAAUUGGAAUACCAUAAAUGUAACAUAGCAGAUACUCAUGAGUUGAGCAUAAGUUUUGAUAAGAUAAUACGAGACGCAGGCCAGUUGGAUAUACUGAUAAAUAAUGCUGCAAUAAGAGGUUCAGGUGCUUUUAUGAAUUCCAGUCAAGAACAUUUCCUGCAUGGAUUUAAUGUCAACUUUUUGUCACAUGUUGGAUUGAUGAGAAAGAUGAUCAAAAUGCACAGCAGUAACUAUAUGAAUCCAAAUAUACCACGGAAAAACCUUCAUAUCAUAACUAUAAGUUCUAUACUGGGAUUGGUGGGUCCUAGGAAUUUAUCCAUGUAUUCUGCCACCAAGAGUGCACUUCUAGCCUUUAUUGAAAGUUUAUCACAUGAAGUUCGCUCACAAGACGUCAGUUUUGCAACAUUCUUACCUGGACAAUUAGAUACAGCCAUGUUUUCGGAUGUUUCUGUUACACAUAACUUUCUGGCUCCAGUGGUAGAGGCUGAAAAGCUUGCUACUAGAAUAGUAGAUGCCUGUUUAUACACUCGAGAAGGCACAUUCAUGUGGCCUAUGUAUACAUGGGCCAUUCCCAUUCUACGUAUACUGCCUUUUACUAUUGUCGAAUGGGCGAGACAGUUCAGUGGCAUGGACAAUCAGAUAAUACAAUAA